GCAAAAAGAGAAAUCCAUAUCCAUCUGUUAAAAGAUAACAUACCUAUCUACUCUGUAUCUCAUUAUAUUUUAAUUGACAUUUUCCUAUGUUGCUCACAUCGGUGUAACUUCUGAAGUACUUGACAAUCUGGUAGCUGUUACACUGGGUUUUUCCUGCAUUUAUGAUUAUUUCACAAAAUAGUUAUAUUCUAUUUACUGUUAGAGAAAAGGGAAGGGAGCCAAGAAAGCCUCCUGCCUGCUGUAUCAGUUUCUCUUGCACAUUUCAGUUUAUUACAGUAAUUUUCAUAUAUCACGAGUGUCAGCUUAGUCGGCAGCUAUCUCUCCCCCAAUCUUUUCAUGACAGUGCAGUUAAAGGCAAUCUCCCUGUAAGAAGCGCUGUUGAAGAGAGCGUGCUCUGAAGCAUAGGCUUGUUUCCUUCCCAAUUAAAGAGGCAAACUGUGCACCAUACUAACGUUCUGCUAGCUGCUCCCGAGGACUGCAAACAAUAGCUGUGCAGAGGAUUCAUCUUCAUCAGCUCUUCCUUCCAGGCAAGGCUUUAGCGCAGGAGGCAGUUUUCUUGCAAAGGGUUCAGAACUCAGCAACUGUACCAUGAGUGGUCGUCAAACAAAGGAGAUAGAAAUCAUUCAUUUUUGGAAUUGAGCAUAUGACUAGUGCUAUCUCUGGUGCAGAAGCUUGCCUGUUAAGCAUUUCUAGCUUUGGAUGGUAUUCAAGACUCAUUUUGCAGCAUGCCUCCACUGAUUUAAAAUUAACAACCAUGCAAAAAGUCUGAGCUGCAAAAGGCUGACUGAAUCAAUUGACUCAUUCCUUUUCACUAGUUAAUCUUAAAGAAGGCAUUUUUUCUUUUGUAUGUAAGGACACUUGGUUACUUAGGACACUUUAUGAUUUUAAGUGAAGACCUUGUGAAACAGCAAGGAAAACUGCUGACAUGCUUAUCAAGACCAUGCUCUUUUCUGCCCAGUUCACUGUUUGACUGUCACUCUUCAGUACAGCUGUGCUUUUGAAUAAGUACAUAUUAUCUGAGCAGCUCUGUCUUGAUGCUCCUGUGGGGACUUCACACAGUAAGAGUAGCAGCUGCCCAUAUCCAUUUUCCGGGUGCUCUGCAGAGACUGGAGAAGGGACUGAGGCUACCUCAAAGUGUAAGGGAAUUUUAAGGGAACAAUGCAAGUGUCUAUAGCUUGCACAGAGCAUAACUUGAAGGGUCGGAAUGGUGAGGACCGGUUGAUGACCAAACCCAGUUCUACUAGUCCGAAUGUUGUGAACGCGGCCAGGGCAAGGUUUCGGACCGUGGCUAUUAUUGCUCGCAGUUUGGGAUCAUUUACACCACAGCACCACAUUUCUUUGAAAGAGUCAACUGCAAAGCAGACUGGCAUGAAAUACCGGAAUCUUGGAAAAUCAGGACUUCGAGUUUCUUGCUUAGGCCUUGGAACGUGGGUCACAUUUGGUGGUCAGAUUUCUGACGAGGUCGCUGAAAAGCUGAUGACAAUCGCCUAUGAAAAUGGUGUAAACCUCUUCGAUACAGCUGAGGUCUAUGCUGCUGGCAAGGCUGAAGUAAUACUUGGCAACAUCAUCAAGAAAAAGGGUUGGAGGAGAUCCAGUUUGGUGAUAACAACAAAGCUGUACUGGGGAGGAAAAGCUGAAACAGAAAGAGGUCUUUCAAGGAAGCACAUUAUUGAAGGAUUAAAGGCUUCUCUUCAGAGACUGCAGCUCGAGUACGUGGAUGUUGUCUUCGCUAAUCGACCUGAUAACAACACCCCUAUGGAAGAGAUUGUCAGAGCAAUGACACAUGUCAUAAACCAGGGAAUGGCCAUGUACUGGGGAACAUCUCGUUGGAGUGCUAUGGAAAUCAUGGAGGCCUAUUCUGUAGCAAGACAGUUCAACAUGGUUCCACCGGUUUGUGAGCAAGCAGAAUAUCAUCUGUUCCAAAGAGAGAAGGUAGAAAUUCAGCUACCUGAGCUUUACCAUAAAAUAGGUGUUGGCGCUAUGACUUGGUCUCCUCUUGCCUGUGGCGUCAUUUCAGGAAAGUAUGAAAAUGGAGUACCUGAGAAUUCAAGAGCAUCACUAAAGUGUUACCAGUGGCUCAAAGACAAGAUAUUAAGUGAAGAAGGCAGGAAACAACAAAUUAAACUAAGGGAGCUGACACCGAUUGCAGAACGACUUGGGUGCACUUUGCCUCAGUUAGCAGUAGCCUGGUGUCUGAGAAAUGAAGGGGUGAGUUCGGUUCUUCUGGGAUCAUCCAAUCCAGAACAGCUGAUAGAAAAUCUUGGAGCCAUUCAGGUUCUUCCAAAGAUGACAUCACACAUUGUAAAUGAAAUGGACAGCAUCUUGGGGAACAAGCCAUAUAGCAAAAAGGACUACAGAUCGUAAUGUGAGGGAGGCUACACAACUGGUUGGGAUAGCAUGAAUCCUGUGCUGCCCCAUAUAGAGUACUGGACCAUUUCUGAUCAGUGUGGGAUGUCCAGAAAUGAGCUGCUCUGCCCACUGUGACCACUGUAUUUUUUCAGAGGUGCAUGUCAUUGCUGUAACAGUGUGCCUACCUUUAAAAGCACAUGUAACAAAUUAUUUUCUGCAAAGAAUCUUGUAUUUUCUUAUCUGUAAUAACUGUCAGUAAUUCCAGUCAACUGCUUCAUGUUUCUGAAGAUAUAAAGUACAGAUAAGGCUUACAACUAAAAUGAUACCUAAAAAUGCAUACAAGUAAUCAAGCAGAUGUGCAAGUUACUUUUGCAGAUAAGCAUUGCUGACAUAUGUUGAAUCCGGGAGAGGGUAUAUUUUAAUUUCUGCUUGCAUAUGAAAACAACAUUAAAAUUAAGGCAGAUAAUAUUACUAGUCCUGCAGAAACUGCAAUGAACCAUGGAAUAUAAGUUCCUGUUCUAGCUAUACCAUAACAUUAAAACUGCUUUACACUGCAACCUGAAUGCUACACUAGUGACUGAAAAUGCAAGAGAUUGAACGUGAUAUAUUUAGGUGUUCUACCCAAGUGCUCUGCUUUGAAGGCAGUAUGUAUAAAUGCACUGGAUAUGCUGAAAGUACUGUGAACUAAAAUUAGAAUAGUCAGUGAAACCCUAUAUUUUCAAUAUAAAAAGUUACAUGCAGGGAAUACAAGAAUUCAGUGAAUGCACCCUUACAGAAAGUUACUUUAAGACAAAAAUGUUUACUGCUGGUUUGCACAGGUAUUUUGAAAAGCCAUGGAAAUUAUUUUACAAGAUUGCAUCCCCCCUAUGAGACUGUCAAACAUGCAUUAAAUCUUAUAAUGUUCUAAACAUACAAUGAAUACACUUUUCAUGUGACACAUCAGGUUCUGAUUCAGGGAUGGUUAACUUUAGUGUCACUAAAAUCAGGGACUAAUUAAAGAUUUGUGGUAUUUGAAAUAUUAUCAUGAUAUUGCUAUACUAUUACCCUACCAAAUCAGGAGUCAUAGUGCAAUAAACAUUUUAAAAACUAGCACACUAUUUUCUUAAAGGAAUCAAGUAAUGCACAAUGUUGACUUCACCAUAUCACUGAAACAUACUAAUUAAUUCCUUGUUUUUCAGAAGCUUUUUAUCUUCUCAUUCAAGUAUUUUGUACUCUCUCGAUGAGCAUUUCAAUAUGCAAGUUUGUGUGUCCUGAAUGUAUACUAGGCAACACGUACAGUGGAACCAGGUUUUUAGUCAAAGGAUAUGUUCUAUGCAUGAUUUUAUUGCCAUGUGUUUUGAAUCAGUAUUAUCAAGGUAGGGCAUUAUUAAAGCCAUUUGUAUUUACAAAUCACCCUACAAUUGCUUGCGUUUCGUUGAAAGUAUGAGUAAAGACAAUUUUAAGUUAUCAUCUCCUAUUCCAGCACAAUACACACACACACACACACACACACACACACACACACACACACACACACACACACACACACACACACACACACACACACACGCACACACACACACACACACAGACACACACACACUACGUAAAAAAGUGCUCAGAUGUUCCUUGUUGCAUAUUAUUGCAUUUCCCUUUAAUUUUGUAUACAUAGUUAAGAAACCUUCAGAAUGAAAUAAUGAAGCAACCUUUGCAUGUUUAAAUUAUAAGAGAGACGUACUACUUUUUUUCCUCUUUGUAUGUGGCAUUUUACACCUCUCUUGGAACAUGUAAUUUCUGCUAUGAAAAGAGUUUCUGAGUAGGAAAUGAAAGCAACAUUUCUGGAUGCGUCUACUGUUAAAUAAAGAAUGUAUAUUCUGCUAAAUAAACAAGUGAUGAAUGUC